AUGGGAAAAGGCUGUUCUGGUCCGCCGCCCCUGUCCUCUGGGCCCAUUGACUCUCUUAUGGCAUCUUUAUCCGAGACAAACUGUGGGGAGUAUUCGGGCUGUUGUGAUGACUCGAUAUCUCAGGAUGAUAAAGCCGCCAACCUGAAAGAUAGUUCGCCCAACAAAUCAGAAACAUGCUGUACCACGGGCAAAUGUGCGGAGGUCAGCCCAAAAGACCAAACCGACGCCCCCGAUUGCUGCCGUGGGAAAGUCGGUCCAUGCUGCGACACAUCUUGUCUUGAUCGUUUGGCUUUGCGAGAAUGCUCGAAGCAUGCAGCACCCUCGUCGUCAGAUGAGAGCCGCCAGGCGACCGUCUGCGAUGGAGCUACUGACAGCAAGGCAUGCGAGCAACACACCCUCUCUGCCCUUGAUCGCUACGGUGCCACGCUUCAGGCCUUGGGAUGUAUUUGCCGAUCUCUCAUUGCUCUCGGCCAAGAGACCUGUUGUGAAAUCCGUCAACGCCAUUCGCAGGAUGAAAAGCAAUGUAGCAAGAAGUCAUCUGCGCGUUCCCUUCUUCGCAAGUCGCUGGAAUCCGGUCGCAGCAGUGACUCUGUCACGAGAGAGCAGGCGAUACACAAUCAUCUGCGUCUUCGAAAGGGGUCUGGUGAAAGCGCAAGGUCUGUGAACAGGUUAAGCACUGACUCGACAAGCAUCGUUCCGUGUUCAAUGGAGAAAUCUUCCAGAAAGCCUCCUGUGAAAAGCAAGUGCUCGAAAUCGUGCUGCUCGAAGGUCAAAACGCCGGUCGUCCAGACUGGCUGCUUUAAACCUUGCUGCGACAAGAACAAACCUCCGAGUGAGAAUGGCACCAAUGCCAUUCUUGAGCGCUCGUGCCCAAGUAUCAAACCAACUGCUGGGGAUUCAAGUUGUGGGGCUCAAGGAUCAUGUUGCGCUUCACAGAAUCUUACGAGCAGCAAAGAAGGAUCUGGUGCCGGCCGUUCUGACUCUUGCUGUAAGUUGACUGAAAAGGACGUGAUCGGGCCUUCAGACCCAUGCGAAAUUGACUCUUGCUGCAACUUGACCAAACCGUCCGAGCCUGAGGCCCCUUGUGCAGAUGUGUGUUGCUCCUCUACCACGCACAAUGUCCACCAGGAGGCAAAUGAAUCACCUAGCAAUGUCAUCUCUGACAUCGAGAAUCAAGGUACCGGUCAUGAGCGCGUCGUCCUUAGCAUUUCGGGCAUGACCUGUACCGGAUGCGAGACAAAAUUCAAUCGAACGCUUGCCAUUUUACCCGCGGUCACACAGCUGAAGACCAGUCUGGUUCUUUCGCGAGCCGAGUUUAACGUUGAUCUUCGCCUUGCCUCGGUAGAGGAGGUUAUCAAGCACGUUGAACGAACGACCGAAUUCAAGUGUGAAAGAGUACAGAAUCAAGGAUCGAGUCUUGAUCUCAUCGUCUCUGAUGAUCCCUCGAAAUUCAUUGCCCAGAAGUGGCCCGAUGGUAUUUUCGAUAUCACGAUCCUGGAUAAAAACAUUGUCCGAGUUUCGUUUGAUCCAAAGACUGUAGGCGCCCGAGACCUUGUCGAGAAGAUCUGGGGCCCACCAAUUCAGCUUGCUCCUCCGCGUGGUGAUUCUUCGCUGGAGGCUGGGAGCAAGCAUGUCCGCCAUGUUGGAUACAUGACGCUGCUUUCUGCUGUCUUGACGAUCCCGGUUCUUGUUAUAGCUUGGGCUCCACUUGCUCCCAGGGAGGUGGCAUAUUCAUCGGCUUCACUUGCUCUGGCCACUCUUGUUCAGGUCAUCAUAGCGGGGCCAUUCUACCCAAAGGCUCUCAAGGCGCUCGUUUUCUCUAAGGUUAUCGAGAUGGACCUUUUGAUUGUGUUGAGCACCAGCGCCGCCUACAUAUUCUCAAUGGUUUCGUUUGGGUACCUCAUCGCGAAGAAGCCACUUUCGACCGGUCAAUUUUUUGAGACCAGCACCCUUUUGGUCACCCUCAUUAUGGUCGGUCGAUGGGUUACGGCUCUUGCGCGCCAGAGAGCCGUUCAGUCAAUCUCCAUUCGCUCACUGCAGUCACCAACAGCUAUCCUCAUUGACGAAGUCGAUGGAGUUGAACGAGAAAUCGACGCCCGACUUCUCCAAUACGGUGACACCUUCAAAAUUCUCCCCGACACUCGAGUACCGACCGAUGGUACCGUCAUCGAAGGGUCGUCUGAGGUUGAUGAGUCGAUGCUGACGGGUGAAUCCAGCCCAGUGGAGAAAUAUCCCAGCUCGGUAGUCAUUGCUGGGUCAAUCAAUGGAAAUGGAGUAAUGAUAGUUCGACUGAAUCGUCUGCCCAGCGACAAUACUAUCAACACCAUAGCCGCGAUGGUCGAUGAGGCCAAACUGUCAAAGCCAAAUUUGCAGGAUCUCGCAGACAAAGUCGCAUCCUACUUUGUCCCGGUCGUGGUCGCACUCACUAUCAUCACAUUUGUGACAUGGAUUGCAGUGGGCAUGGCUGUCCGCGGAUACGAUGGUUCUGAAGCUACCAUUCAGGCCAUCACUUAUGCUAUCACCGUCCUGAUAGUAUCAUGCCCUUGUGCUAUUGGGCUGGCCGUUCCUAUGGUCGUUGUGAUUGUCAGCGGAGUUGCAGCGGAAAGAGGUAUCAUUUUCAAGUCCGCGGAUGCCAUCGAAGUCGCUCACAAAACAUCGCAUGUUGUUUUUGACAAAACUGGAACGUUGACCCGGGGAAAACUUACAGUUGUCGCCGAGGAAUGUGUCAACAGGGACGAUCUCUCCCUUCUCCUAGGUCUCAUUGAGAACAAUCGACACCCUGUCUCUAUUUCCGUGGCUGCCCGUCUCCGCCGGGAUGGAAUCAUGCCUUCGGCUGUUCCUGGUGCUAAGAGCCUGACUGGAAAAGGCGUUGAAGCUGUCCUCAAUGGAAAGAAACUUCGAGCGGGUAACUCCCGAUGGCUCAGUCUGUCGGAAAAUGAGUUUGUUCGACCAAUGCUCGCUCAAGGCUAUACUGUGCUAUGUUUCACUAUCGAUGAAGCCUUACACUCGGUCUAUGGUCUUGAAGAUGAACUUCGAUCUGACGCUACGGAGACCAUUCAGACUUUGCAAAAAGGUGGUGUUGUGGUGCAUGUUGUGUCUGGAGAUGAAGACAGAACAGUCCAGUCGUUGGCUUCAAAGCUCAACAUCCCCGGUAAAAAUGUUCGAUCUCGAAGUUCACCCAGCGACAAAAGGGAUUACAUUCAAUCACUGCUUGGUGCGGAUUCAGAUCGCAAGAGGCCGGUUGUUGUUUUCUGCGGAGAUGGUACGAACGAUGCCGUUGCUCUUGCGCAGGCUACUAUCGGCGUCCAUAUGAACGAAGGUACCGACGUCGCUCAAUCUGCCGCUGAUGUCGUCCUCAUGCGACCUUACUUGGCUGGAAUCCCUGCUAUGAUGAAUGCCAGUCAGCAAGCUGUCAACCGUAUUAGGUUCAACUUUGCCUGGAGCUUCAUCUAUAACACCUUUGCGGUCCUUCUUGCUGCGGGCGCCUUCGUCAAUGCAAGAAUUCCUCCUGAGUUUGCGGGAUUGGGGGAGUUAGUGAGUGUGCUGCCAGUCAUCGCUGCUGCGGUACUCCUGCGCUGGGCAAAAAUCUAG